AUGUUGCACGUAAUGGCAGCGGUGACGACGAGCCUGCCGAAUCGUGUGGACCCGACGCCCACGUCGUCCAGCAACAGCAGCAGCCCGUCGAGCACCGCGGCGAACAACGUGACCUCGGUCCCGGUGGAGAAUCCGACGGUCGAGAACCUGCCGGAGAACGUGAACGUGUUCGUGGUGGUGAUCAAGGGCAUAAUCAUGGGCAGCAUAAUCACGACCGCGGUGCUCGGCAACGCGCUCGUGAUCGCCAGCGUUCGAAGGCACAGGAGGCUACGGGUGGUGACAAACUGUUAUGUGGUCAGUUUAGCAGCCGCCGAUUUGUUGGUGGCGAUGUGCGCGAUGACGUUCAACGCGUCCGCCGAGCUAUCCGGCGGCAAAUGGCUGUUCGGCCGGUUCAUGUGCGACGUAUGGAACUCCCUGGACGUUUAUUUCUCCACGGCCUCGAUACUACACCUCUGCUGCAUCAGCGUCGACAGGUACUACGCCAUUGUCAGCCCGCUCGAGUACACCGUCAUCAUGCGCCAGGGCACCGUCGGCUGCAUGCUGGGCAGCGCGUGGGUGCUGCCCGCGCUGAUCAGCUUCAUACCGAUAUUCAUGGGCUGGUACACCACGCAGGAGCAGCUCGACUACAUGGUCAAGAAUCCUGAGGUUAUCGAACCUCUGACGAUUAUGCCUGUGCUUGUCGCGAAUCCACUAAAUUAA